AUGGCGGACCUAUCGCUCGAGAGUUACUGGCAGCUGCCACCGUUGUCCAGGACUGUCGCGACGGCCGCCUUUGUCCUGUCUGUUGGCGUCCAUGUCGGGCUGCUUCCGGGCUGGUGGUUCGUCUUCUACCCGCGCUUCCUGUGGAUGAUUCCGCCCCAGAUAUGGCGCUUCGGCACGGCGUUUCUGCUCACAGGACCCGCGCUGGGCCUGCUGUUUGACACAUACUUCCUCUACUCGUACUUGAGCCAGCUCGAGGUUGGCAAUCCUCGAUUUUCCCGGCGGGAGGACCUGGCCUGGUACCUCAUAUUCGUCGGCGGAACAAUCAUGACCAUCAACUACUUCACCAACUUCGGCUUCGUCACCUUCCUCCAGGCACUGAUCCUCGCCAUGUGCUAUACCGUGACCCAGGACCAGCGGGGAGGCAAAGUCAGCUACAUGUUCAUCAGCAUCCCCGCACAGCUGACUCCCUACGCCAUGAUCCUCUUCAACCUGCUCUUCCCCGGCGGUGUCAUGAACAUGAUUCUGCAGAUCCAGGGCUUACUCGCCGCCCACUUGUACGAGUUUCUCACGCGAGUCUGGCCCGAGUACGGCGGGGGCAGGAACCUCAUCCCCACGCCCGCCUUCUUGACCACGGUGCUGCGGGCUGCCGGGACGAUGCAGACAAGCGUGGCGGCAGCGGCUGGCAUUCAGACAGCAGACCACGCAUCCGGGCAAGGCACCGGUGCCUCGAGAGGGCCUCUGCCAGACUCUUGGCGCACUAGAGGCCCUGGGCGUCGUCUGGGUUGA